ACUGCAAAUACCUUCCUCAACCAAAAACAGAAGUUGUUCUUAUCAGACUUACAGAUGCGCUGUGGAUUAAUUUCAGCAGUACUUCUCUUUCUGCAAGUCAGACAGAACCCAACAGAGCGACUGUUACCAUGGCGGAGGAGGAGGUUAACUACGCUUCAGUUGUAUUCAAAAGUAAGAAACAUCCUCCAACCCAAGCUAAAAAGGAGGAGGAAACUGUGGACGAUGAAGUGAAGGUGGAAAGCGAAACAAACGAACCAACUGCUGACACAAACGCAGGAGUUUUGCUCGACAAGAAAGCAAACAACAGACGUGGCCAGUAUCAGCAGCUGGCCUGUUGUUUGGGGAUUCUUUGUGUCAUUCUGCUGUUGGGCAUCAUAGCAGUCGUCGUCGUCUACCACCUAGCGACUCUAGAUCAUGAAAGUGACCUGAUGGCUGCCAAUCAUAACCUGAAAAACCUCAACAACAAUCUCAUCUUAGAAAACUUGAGGAGGGUCAACAAUCUGACAGUCCAGUUGAGCAACCUGACACAAAACUAUAAUGUCUUAGAAAGCAAGAUCACAAACCUGACUGCAGUAAACCAGGAGCUGGAGAGACAGAGGAACAACUUAACAGAACAAAUAAAAAACAUGGAGACACACUGGAAUAAACUCAACAUCAGUCGAGCUCAGUGGAGCAUUGAAGCCUACUGCCCCAAAACAGAUAAAGUGAGACAGUGUAAAGGUUGUCAGAAUGGCUGGAUACUCAGCGGGUCUAACUGCUAUGUGUAUCAUAACGCUAAACCUGCUGAUCAGAAAACCUGGGAAGAAGCUCGAGAAGACUGCAGAGGAAAGAGUUCAGAUUUGGUUGUUGUACAUAAUGAAGAGGAAAAGGAUGCACUCAAUACAUACAGCGUGGGUAGUUCAGGAACUGAUGGAUACUGGUUUGGCCUGAGAGCUGAAGGUGGGAGAUGGAAGUGGAUUGAUGGAAGUAAUCUGACUGAAAGCUACUGGACACCACAACCUCCUCCUACUGCUACUGAUGGUCAGUGUGGAAUGUCUGUCCAGAACGUAGGAUGGAGAUCAGUGAACUGUACUGAGAAAAAACAAUGGAUCUGCAUAAUGAAGGCUUUAUCUGUUUAAACACUGCAGUCAGACUCUGCAUGAUAAUAUCAACUGGCUUAUAAAUAUCAAACUAUUAAGACUUCUACUUCACAAUUUUU